AUGGCACAGUUAGCAUACCUCCAGUCUAGUUCAAUUGAGAGGAAGAUGGCACUGAUUAUGGUGUGUAACAGUAUAACUAUAUUAGCACGCUCUAUUUGGUGGCGUUGUCAUGGUUCCUUUUAUCCAAGUAUCAUGGACGGGAUAGUGCCAAAGGAACAGCAGGAUAAGGUUGUCAAAUUUGACUUUCACGGGCAGCCAGCAGAAAUCAAGCAUGGUAGUGUUGUUAUAGCAGCAAUAACUAGCUGCACAAACACCUCAAAUCCUAGUGUUAUGCUUGGUGUUGGUCUUGUAGCUAAGAAAGCCUGCGAGUUGGGUCUUGAGGUUAAACCAUGGGUGAAGACAAGCCUUGCCACUAGAUCAGGAGUUGUCACGAAGUACUUGCUUCAGAGUGGCCUUCAAGAAUACUUGAACCAGCAAGGAUUUCAUACUGUUGGCUAUGGUUGUACCACUUGCAUUGGAAACUUUGGUGAUCUCGAUGAAUCUGUAAUUAAUUCCACUGAAAACCAAACAAAUGAAAUUGCAAUCUUUAUAUAUAACUUUGGCACUAUUUUGUAUGGGAGGCGUGCGUCACAGCUGCUGAAGGAGAUUGACUCCUCUGAGGCUGGUCAGCUUGCGCCAUUCAACACUGAUGUGUUUGAUCAGGUGAUUAGAGAGUGCAGUGAGCACAAUUCACAAUUUCAAUCACUGAUCAGGAAAAUGGUGGAGCAAAACUUAGAUAUUGAGACAACUAGAAAUGAGGAUCACUAUGGUGCAGCUAUCCACCAUCGUUCCCUGCUCUGUAACAAAAGAUGCCUUAUGGCUUACAUGUACAAUCGAGCAGAAGUUAUUCAGAGUUUUAGACGGAAAGUUGGCCCUGUGCUUCCUCAUGACAUACAAGAAAAGCUCCAUUUCUCAGAGAAAGAGUACUUCAAGAACCACUCUGCAGCCAUUAAAUCAUACAUAUCGGAGAUGGAUAUAGAUUUGACAGUAGUAUGGACAAGGUUCCUCCCAAGGAUCCUUACAUUCAGGUUCGGGUCUUUGGAGGACAUUGGUGAAGUAUCUCUUGGUGACCAUUCUGUAUCAUUGACCAAGAACUCACUCCAUUUCCUAAGGCGCACAGAUGCUGAACAAUUUAUAUCACAGGAUGUGUGGCGCUUCUUCUCUUCAGUGCUGCUGCCUAUGGAAUAUCACCCUUGUGAUGCUUGA